GCCGCGCGGGGACGGGGACGUGGCAGCGGCGGCGCUCGGCGCUCCAGAAAGUUCCCUGGAAGUUCCGCGCGACGCGGCGCGGGAAGCGGCGGGCGGGACCAUGAAUGUGUUCCGAAUCCUCGGAGACCUGAGCCACCUCCUGGCCAUGUUCUUGCUCCUGGGGAAGAUCUGGAGGUCCAAGAGCUGUGCCGGCAUCUCUGGGAAGAGCCAGAUUCUUUUUGCUCUGGUCUUCACCACCAGGUACCUGGACCUUGUCUCCAAUUUCAUCUCCAUCUACAACACAGUCAUGAAGGUGGUCUUCCUCCUCUGUGCCUAUACCACCGUGUACAUGAUCUAUUGGAAAUUCCGGAAAACUUUCGACAGCGAGAAUGACACAUUCCGGCUGGAGUUCCUCCUGGUCCCAGUGAUUGGCCUUUCCUUUCUGGUCAACUACAGUUACGCACCAACGGAGGUCCUCUGGACUUUCUCCAUCUAUUUGGAGUCGGUGGCCAUCCUGCCACAGCUCUUCAUGAUCAGCAAGACUGGAGAGGCCGAGACCAUCACCACUCACUACCUGUUCUUCCUGGGGCUGUAUCGGGCACUCUAUCUAGCCAACUGGAUCUGGCGGUACCAGACAGAGAAUUUUUAUGAUCAGAUCUCAGUGGUGUCUGGAGUAGUACAAACCAUCUUUUACUGUGACUUCUUCUACUUGUACGUGACCAAAGGUAGGCACUGUCCUAAGUCAUUAGACACUCUGUGGUACUCCAGCUGGUCUGAGGCAGGGUCAAGGCUCAUCCCUUCUGCAGCUUAUUUGGAUGGGGGAGGCACAAACCAAUGGGAAUCCUACUUGUGUACAGACAAGAGAACUGGAAGAGGACUUUUGACAGACCUGGUUGGGAAAAUCAUCUAGGAUCCAAAACGGGCUUUAGAAAGUCGUAAACCUUGAAAUGCAAACCAACUAAAUUCGCACGAGACCUCAGGGGUUUGUUAGUACAUCACCAAGAGCAUCAUCUGUAAGAACUCAUUUCAGCCAACCCAUUAGUUGCCACGCAGGCAUAGUCAGGGCAGCUAAGCACAGGGUGAAGAGAUCAAGGAUAGUCUAUGGGAAUGGAAGAGAGAUGAACUGAUGCCAACUGCUGAGUCAAC